CGACCCCUUGGGACAGAUUCGCACGGACUGCCGAAACGGAAGGAUAUCACUAUGAAACUGUUACUCGCCUUUCUCGCCAUUCUGGCGAUUUCGUAUGCCGAUGAAGAAAUCCCGGCAAGUUUAAUCGAAGACUCUGAAGCAGUCGCUUCAGUGGAACUUCUUAAAACUGAAGCAGAUACCAAUGCGGCAUCCAACUACGUGGCCCCCAGCCAGAGGCCCCCAAGGGGCUGGAAUCCCCCCCAGAUCAGUCAGCAGAACAACUGGAACCAGCCUCAAAGCUGGACUCCACCACCCAAUAACUAUUGGAAUCAAAACCAGAACCAGGUUGGCCAGUGGCCAUCUCCCGACGCUUGGAAACCAGAAGGCAGUGCGUGGAAUCAGAACCAGUGGACUACCCCACCCACGUGGACCGCGGCGCCGAGCUGGAGCCCGCCCAGCUACGUCCCCGGUUGGCAGAACCCGUCCAAACCAGUUCAACACGACCAGCCCACCAACUCGUGGACCGUUCCUCAGCAGACCACCACGCCCGUCGCCGUCAUCAAGAACGACCAGUAUUAUGGAGACAACGGCAGCUACAAAUAUGAGUACCAGAUCGCCGACGGCACCCACGUUGGUGAAGAGGGCUACCUCAUCAACCCGAACACAGACAACGAGAGCCUGGUGAAGAAGGGCUGGUACUCGUUUGUCGGUGGCGACGGCAAGACCUACACGGUGACUUGGUGGGCUGAUGCCAGCGGUUUCCACGCGUCUGGGGACCAUUUGCCCACUCCGCCGCCGGUCCCCGCUGCGAUCCAGGCUGCUAUCGACCAAGCUGCAAAGGAGGAGGCUGCUAAACUCGAAGCCGAGAAGAACAAGCCGCAACAGACUUAUCCCCAGCAGACUUACCCUCAGCAGACUUACCCUCAACAAACCUACCCUCAGCAGACUUACCCCCAACAGACUUACCCCCAACAGACCUACCCUCAGCAGACAUACCCUCAGCAGACAUACCCUCAGCAGACAUACCCUCAACAAACCUACCCCCAACAGACUCAGGGUAGCUACAAACCACAGCAUAAUAAACCAACUUACGGUUAGUUAAUUGCAAAUUCUUACAAAUGUAAUUUUAAUUUAUGUAGAACAUUUGUCGUCGGAAGUUAUGCAUUUACGGCAUUUAACGUAGCUUUU